CCUGCGCCACCUUCACCACCUGGCUGGUUUCUUUGCCCCAUGGGGAACAGUGACCUGGAUCUCAUGUGCCGAUCAUGACUAACAGAAAACCAGAGUAGCAUAAUGCCCCUUUCAUAUCUUUGUGCCAUCCCGCCAGUCGAGGUCGUUCGCCAGGUACGACUUGCGCAACAAUGCAGGACACGUCCUCCCCAGGCCUGGAGUCACUUCUGGCAUUGUGGCCCGUUGCCAGCAGCUUGAGCGAGACGCUUCCUGUUGGGGACCUGAUUGCUCUUUCAAGGGUCAAUGCCACGCUCCGUGCGGUCCUCCACGGCUUCGCGAGACCUGAAAAUACCCAUAAUCUGGGACAACCCGUGGCCGUCCGGAAAGAGCUCAGGGUCGGUCAGCACGCAACGAAAUACUGGCAGAGUCUCAAGACUCGAGCCCCGUUUGAAUGUUCGUCUCCUGCUCAUACAAAAGGUUCGAACCCAAGGCCUUGUCGGUAUUGCUCGAAACCCAUCUGUGCGGCUUGCAUCGUUCGGUCAUCUUUCGCCAGAGGCCACGAGAACACGUUUCAGAACCGGAUCCGUUACCUAUGCAAGGGUUGUUGGGAGUCUGGGAACAUCAGUCGAAGCCAUCGCUUUGAAUUGGAUGCUUCUGUGCCUGUUGCCAAGCACACCCAGUGGCACGAUCCUGACGGCAGCACCAAAGACUACUGCACCUGCACGCUAAAGGACGACGGCUGGUUAUGCCUCAAUUGUAAGGACCUGCAAAACUGGGAAGCCAUUUCCUCCGGGGACACGGAUUGCCAUGGUCUGCAAUGUGGCGGCAAGCUCGACGCUGACAAGGAGCGAAGGAGAAUUUGUCUCUGGUGCGACAAAGCCCUACCCAGACAGAUUGGAGGAACUACCCGGCACCACUGGAACCAGAAGAUGAUCGAGGCACGGGCGAGGAACGCCGCAUCCCGCCAGGCCGACCUCGAAGAGUACAAUCGCAGGCGGCAGAAAUUGCUGCGGAUGUCUCGUCGAGAACUGCGAGGCGACGAAGCCGUCAAGGACGAUCCAGACGCCGACCUUCCUCAGUUCGUCAGACAUCUGGACACUGUCAACUACCGGGCGUAUCUCAGCGAAACGGCCGCUCCCAGUGGUGACAGCGUCUACGACUCCAAACGGGGCUACUGGAGGUACAACAAAGAGUUCCUCCUCAAAAUUCGACUUCGGUGCCAACAACUCCCCAAACCAUCACAGCUCUCCGUGCUCAACCAGACAGACAACGGCGGGCUGCGCUUCGCCCUCACCAACACCGAAAAGUCGGACGACACCUUUUCCUUCACGGCCAUGGUCCCCUCCAUGUCCGAAGACCGGGUCAAAGAGUGGUGUACCCUGAAGGCACACAUCCUCGAGCUCCUCCUGGUCCAGAAGCUGAGUUACGCCGAGACACGCAACGUGAUGCACGAAGACCACGACUUCGACGCAAGCCUGAAAGAAUACAGAAAGGUGCUGCAUCUGUGGUACUCCCAAGGCCACUUCGAGCGGUAUCGAAGAGGCUCGUCUCUCGAUCGGGAAGAUGAGAGUCUUGUCGACGGCGGAGGCGGCGGUAGCCCUUUGUCGGGUUUGGGUCCUGAUGACACGGGCCUCGAAAGGAUACCGACUCUCGAGAGUGACCUCGACUCCACCACCUCAGCAUUCACCUACCGGUCUGGCUCGAACGAACAUCGUCUCGUCCGCACAAACACCAGAUCCACCACCACUUCGGUCGUCGAGGAUUGUGUUACGACCCGUCUACCAGACCCUCCUCCUCCUCCUCCUUCCUCUCGUAGGCGAGCUUCCACGUGGUCCGCGUUGAAGAGAAAGAUCCAACAAGACCGGCAGUCUCUCUUGCAGGCGGGAGAAAGCUCCAACGUACAGAAUGUUCCGGCACCGGCGGCACCAUCAGCUAGACCAGGAAGACGACAGUCACAGCAGACACCCCAGUCGCCAGCCGACGGGACACCCUCGGUAUCAACGUCCGACACGUGGGCCCCCCAGGUCCCAAACGACGGUGAUGAUGACUUGGCCUCUGGUCCCACAGACUCGGCCGGAACCAUCACCAACGUCGGUGAAGCUGGUGACAAUGAUGAGAACCCCCCGCCGUAUUCUCCAAACGGGUGGAUAUGGCCAUGAUAAUAAUGUUAGGGACACCGGGUCAUAUGAAAAGUGCUUGCACUUGAGAGACUGCGUUAUUUUUCUAUCUGUCAGAGUCACCCCUCGAAUCAUGACAGCGUUGAAGAUUCCCAUGUGCCUGGGUACGAGUACCAUCACGCACAUGGCAUCAAAAGCAAAUUAGAGUACUUAUGCAUCAAUGAUAGUCUGUCU